AGCCUAGAUCUAUCAGGAUCCUUGGGAGGACCUUGGGGCGUUAGAAGUUUCUUUUUCGAUGACUUAGACUAGGUAUCGUGGUCGAGCAUAUGAGAUAGAUAUAUGGAUCUCUCACGAUGACAGAUACAAACAGUCACCCCCGUCCCACCUCCAUGCGCCCAUCGCACCGAACAGAUGGACAUCUCACGCGGGAGUUAUCCCUAUAUAACGGUGUAUCAAAUCGAUCUCGAGGUUGGAAGACUAAGAAAUCUGACAAGAAUACCGAAAUACGACCGGCUCGCAAGUGGAGUAUUAGGAGAUGGGACGGCGCUUCGAUGUCUAGUAACGUUUGGGACAAUUUAAAAAGGGAUCCCGAGUUAUGGUAUCGGGAUGGGAAUUGCUAUAUUCAUCUCUACGGCCAAGGGCAGAGUCGUAGAGGCCCAGCCUUCAAAGUCCCUUUCUCUGGACUACUAGAAGCGAAAUGCGAGCCAUUUAUUGAUCGAUUCAUGGCUCGAAAUAUCAUCAGGUCAAACAGCCGAACCCAAUACGACAAAAGUGACCCAGCAAGACGAAGUCGCAUCGAACUCUUCAUCCCGUCGCCCCCUCGGUCGGACAAGCAAGCUUCAUAUAAAUACCAUUUAGCAACUCGUAAUUUCAUUGCUUAUGUCUUUCGAAGAUCAGUGGUUGGGGAGAAUCUGGGAGCCGCCUUGGUUACCCUCAUGCAUAGCAUGUUCCAGUUUCGAACCGGGGCUGUCGAUAACGUACAGGACUUGAUGGAUUACCUGGACGAGGAAGGCUAUCUCAAUUUCAAGAAUAACCCAACACACUCCCUGGCUACACUCCAUUUGGCGGAAACUUUUCAGCUAAGAGACCUGUAUAUCAGCUCAUUCGCACAUUGUUGUGGUAUGAGCGGCCAGUUACCUGUCUCUCCUGAAUAUCAACUCGUGUCUCCCGGAACUCGAAAGCUCAUUCGGUGUGCUCGUGUUGAGAUGAAUCUCAGGUUAGGUCAGAGCGCAAACAUGGUUGGAACUUUUCUUGAGUACGAAUUAUCGGAAGCACAUCUUGGCUUGUAUGCUGGCGCUAGAGCGCAUCUCGAACGCUUCCGAACCCUAUUACACAAUUUCUACGUCGCCAAGUUUGGGUCUUAUCCGCCACCAUCUAUUGAUUCUCGGACGACAAUGUUCGAGAUAGGGAUCCUCCAAGAAAUGAGGGUUGAUUUUGAAGCUCUUUACCAAUACUUGGUUGAUGAUACGUUCGACACUACCCAUAUAAGUCCGUUCUUAGCUGAGGGAGGCAUUUGUACAUGGCAGUGUAUUCAGGCAUUCGAUAGGAGACAUGAGUUCAAAACUCUACUUCACCCCCUUCCACGCCUUCCAAAGAUAUCCCGGGAAAAUACUAAAAGGACGUCGUGGCUAGGUAAACCAAUGAAGGCAGAUCGAAAAUGGCGCGAAAACACUCACGCUGCUUUGCUGAAGGCUACAAAUACAAGCGAAGAGCUCAUGAAAAAUGGACUAGUGAGGAUAUAUCGCCAAUUCGAAGAAGGAAUCGCCUACUGGCCGACAAAAGCAGACAAGAUAGAAAACUUGGGGCCUAUGGACAGUCGUAAGGUGCGUUGGAUCUUGAUCUACGCAACCUACCAGGCCCUCCGGCAAGCAACAGACAUCCCGCCCGAAGUCCGCGACACCGCUGGCGCUCCGUACCAUCUUUGCAUAUCCACAGCCGACCUGCCUCCGUGGGAUGAAGAUCGACCCGUACAUAAACUUGUGCGAAGACAGACGCAUCAUCUCACCCACGACGCCUUAACACCACCAAGCCAAGAGCCCAUCACCAGGGAACCAUCUCUCCGCGAGAAAAUCUUCGAGAUCAAACCCGACAUCGACUACUUCGCGCUCACGCACCGCGACACCAGCAACAACGACAAUGAAACCAAAAACGACAGCACAUCACGACUUCGCAGAGCAGGAAGCUGGACAGGAAGUCUAACAAGUAUCUCGCGAAGCCUAACAACGCGGCGGUCCUCCGCGAAACUAACCAAGCCGCCGCCCGAGAGGACGCCCACACCGAGCAACAACGCAUCGUACCAGGAGAUCGUAGUCCAGGGCUACGGCAACGGCACAUCGGACAUCAAAGCCUGCCUCAUCGACAUCCCAGCGCCAAAACGCAAAUCCACAAUCGCAGAGGAACCAUCGCCCACGGCAUCAACAUCGACCUCGUCGUCGCGGUACUCCAGCAACUCCGACCUGCGUAAGUCCUCGCACGACAGCAGCGCAGGAAAGACGCCCGACACGUCCAUCUGCGAAAGCGCCACGACGGCCGAAACACGAAGCCAAGGCCCGACUCGCCUGCGCAAGGUCCGGCGCGACGCGGAGACGCGGAACGGAGCGUCGCGAACGCCGACGUGCACGGGCUUCGUCUUCCGCCGCAAACCGCACGACGAGCGCGCGCGUGGGAUCGACGUGAGCUGUGGGUUUGGACUGAUGCGCCGGCGGGAGCGGGGUGUGAAUAAAAACACGCAAUCAAACCCCGACUCGCACACGCAUACGGAGUCGUACACUGCCUCCAGCGCCCUCCCGCCUACCAUCCCGCUUCUCAACUUCGACGUAACCACCACCUUAGAGCCCGACCCCUCUCCCGCUCCCGCUCCCGCUAUCGAAAAGGCAAGCAGCGCAACAGCAGCAGCAACGACCACACCCUCCCUCGAGAUGCCGGCCCCGCAGGCGCCGACGUCGUGGGAUUACGUUAAGGCGGUUAUGGAGGUGAAGGCGACGAGUUGGAUGACGGGGGGUGAGGAAGGGAAUGCGAAUGGGAACGGAAAUGGAAAUGGGAAUGUGGGCGCGGAUGAUGUGCAUCCGGAGUGGGAGCAGUAUAAUGACCUGGGCGGACUGACGGAGGUGCAUGGGAGUCCGGCGCCGGUGCGGGUUGAGGGGCGGAGGUUGGUUAAGGCGCCGCCGGGGGGACGGGGGUAUUUUUAGGGGGGUUGUAAGGGGUUAUGAGGGGUGGAUGAUACCUGUUACCUAGUGCGAGGAGGGCGUUCGGGGUUGGGUUGAUGAGUAAGGAUUUAUGAGGGUGACG